AUGAGGCUGUUAAUUCUGACAGUCUCAUUUUGGGCCUUGGCCUCCGCUAAACCCGAAACGUAUAAAGAAAAGGAAGAUUUCCAAUUUUCUAGAAGUUCCUCUGACGAUGGAUCAAAGUCUGGUUACUAUGGAGCUCAAAGAGGUAACAUGGGAGGCAACUAUGAAAAAGCACAUAAUAUGGAUUCUUUGGCGCAGCAUCAGAUGAGUACACUCGUAAGACAAGUUGACGGCGAAUUAGGUGAAGCCGCAAAUACAAGAACAGGCAGCGUGUUUACAUCUGGGAAUUCUAGAGGUAUUUACGGGUCUGGAAACUACGAUCUUAGUAAUCUCAAAGGUAGAAACUUCGUAGAAGGUACAUCGUAUGAUGAUUUAUAUGCAUCGUCUUUAUUAGCACAAAAUACAAGAAAUCAUGCAAGUGUAUAUUCAGCGAAUAAUAAUGCACGUUAUAGCACCAGCCAACUUCAGGCGUCUGGAGUUAGUGACGGAUAUCAAUCUGGAAGACAUACAUCCCAAUAUGCACAAGCCGAUAAUCAACAAGCUGAGAGUCAAUAUCGUGGUUCCAACAGUUAUGAAUAUGGCAAUCAAGGGGCAAGUCAAUACAAAUACUACACACACGGGGGCAGUCAAGCAAUAAACGAGUAUGAUCAGAGUAACGCCCAUUUACAAAGUGGUAGCAAUUAUAAUGCUAAUGUCAGGCCUAAACUAGUCAGUGCUACACCAGUGAGAGUGUACGUGAGACCUGGAACUACAGUUACAAUACCCGUGGCAGCCCAAACGUACGAUGCUUCUCAAAGCUACUCAACACAAGACCGAAGCGUUGUUAAUACGGAUGCAGAUGCAUUGUUUUUAAACAAUGCUAAAAUUAAUAUAAUUAAACCAUUGAGUGCUCCGAAACAUUACGAAUCUUCUUAUAGUUAUCAUAAGGAAUGGGAAAAGCACGACACAAAACCCGUAACAAUUAUUCCUACCGAAAAUCCAUUUCCAGAAAAUAGUGAAUUACACGAAGACGCUCAAACAUAUGCAGAAGCUGGCCGACAAUAUCAAAGUGAGGCAGAUUCUAUAAAUAUUCUAAAUAGCAAUUUAAACAAAGCACAAUCAAGUAAUUUAAAUAGUGCUUACUCAAGUGGAUACAGUUCUAACACAAAUUCAGUGGCAUCAAAUCGCUUACGAUAUCUAUCCCAGACGCAAAACUUAGCAGCUGUCGAUGCAGCUUCUAAUGUUUACAAUGUUGACACACAAAGCUCUGGAGCAUCAUCUAAAUUGAACAGCAAUUUAAAUGUCCUAGAUCUUAAUUCAAAACCAAAAAGUUAUCAAUCGUCGUAUUCUUAUCAUAAGGCAUGGGAGAGACGCGGUGAUCCUUACGUUAUUAAACCAGUAGGAAGUGACUUAAGUACCAUACCAAUUGUACCAACCAAAAAUCCUUUUCUAGAUAACAGUGAACUUUACGAAGACUCUCAAUUAUCUGAAGCAACUGGACAACAACAUCAAAGUGAAGUAGAUUCUGCAAAUGUUCUAACUAGCAACAUAAAGAGUGCACAAUCAAGUAUCUUAAACAGUGCUUACUCAAGUGGAUACAGCGGUAACGUAAAGUCAGCGACAACUAAUCGCUUAAGAUCUCAAAUGCAAAACUCAGCAACAGUCGGUACAGCUUCUAAUGCAUACAAGGUUGACUCACAAAGCACAGGUGCGUUAUCCAAUUUGAAUAGCAAUCUAAAUGUACUAGACCUUAAUUCUAAACCAAAAAGUUAUCAAUCAUCGUAUUCAUAUCAUAAGUCAUGGGAAAGACGUGGUGAUCCUUACGUCAUUAAACCAGCAGGAAGUGAUUUAGGUACUCAAUCACAGAGAUUGAUAGCUGAUUCUUCAAACCAAGGUGUGCACUCUUAUAGCCAAUAUGGAUCUCAAUAUAACCAACACAGCUAUUCGCAAGAUGAUUGUGUUGAAGGACGUAAAAAGCGAUCUUAUAGCAUAGACUCAUACCUGUUACCGACAGUGCCAAAUAGUCAAGAUAAAUUAGACCAACAAUCUAUAUACGGAUGGGAUAAUCUUGGUCAGCAGUCUGAAAGACUUGGAUUGCAAGACUUACCAAGUUUAAGUCAAUACACACAAAACAAUGAAGAAUUAGGUCAACAAAUUCAAAACCCAUGGGGAAGCAUAGAAGGUCAAGAAACACAAAAUUCUUGGGGUGAUUUAGGAUCAUUCAAUCAACAUCAAAGUCAAAUUGGAAGAUUGGAAGAUCUCGGUCAACAAACACAAAAUACUUGGGAUCAUUUUGAAAAUUUGGGCCAACAAACUCAAAAUGGUGAUGAAAAACUAGAUUUGAGUCAACAAACCCAAAAUACUUGGAAUAAUCUGGAAAACUUUAGUCAACAAUUGCAAAAACAAGAAGAAAAAUUAGAUGAUCAGCAAAGUUUUGCUCAUUUAGAUCAGUUCAGACAGCAAACUCAAAAUGAUAAUGGAAAAUUAGAAGACCUUGGUCAACAAACGCAAAAUACUUGGGAUCACUUAGAUAACAUGGGUCAGCAAAUUCAAGUUGGAAAAUUAGAAGAUCUUGGUCAACAAACACAAAAUACUUUGGAUCACUUAGAUAACAUGGAUCAGCAAAUUCAAGCUGAAAAAUUAGAAGAUCUUGGUCAACAAACGCAAAAUACUUGGGAUCACUUAGAUAACAUGGGUCAGCAAAUUCUAGCUGGAAAAUUAGAAGAUCUUGGUCAACAAACACAAAAUACUUGGGAUCACUUAGAUAACAUGGGUCAGCAAAUUCAAGCUGAAAAAUUAGAAGAUCUUGGUCAACAAACACAAAGUACUUGGGAUCACUUAGACAACAUAGAUGGUCAGCAAAUUCAAGCUGAAAAAUUAGAAGAUCUUGGUCAACAAACACAAAGUACUUGGGAUCACUUAGACAACAUAGAUGGUCAGCAAAUUCAAACUGGAAAAUUAGAAGAUCUUGGUCAACAAACACAAAAUACUUGGGAUCACUUAGAUAACAUGGGUCAGCAAAUUCAAGCUGAAAAAUUAGAAGAUCUUGGUCAACAAACACAAAAUACUUGGGAUCAUUUAGAUAACAUGGGUCAGCAAAUUCAAGCUGAAAAAUUAGAAGAUCUUGGUCAACAAACACAAAGUACUUGGGAUCACUUAGACAACAUAGAUGGUCAGCAAAUUCAAACUGGAAAAUUAGAAGAUCUUGGUCAACAAAUUCAAACUGAUAAAUUAGAAGAUCUAGGUCAACAAACACAAAAUACUUGGGAUCACUUAGACAACAUAGGUGGUCAGCGAAUUCAAACUGGAAAAGUAGAAGACCUUGGUCAACAAAUUCAAACUGGAAAAUUAGAAGAUCUUGGUCAACAAACACAAAAUACUUGGGAUCAUUUAGAUAACAUGGGUCAGCAAAUUCAAACUGGAAAGUUAGAAGAUCUUGGUCAACAAAUACAAAAUACUUGGAAUAAAUUUGAAAAUUUGGGCCAACAAACUCAAAGUGAUAAUGAACAAACAGAAGAUAUGGGUCAACAAACGCAAAGUACAUGGGAUAAUCUUGGAUACUUUGGUCAACAAUUACAAAAUCAAAAAGAAAAAAUAGAAAAUAUUGGGCAACAAAAUGUAGAAAGCUUACAACAACCUGGUCAGCAAACUCAGAACACAUGGGACGAUUUAGAAAACUUGGGUCAGCACUCUCAAACUCAAUGGAACAAGGAAAACCAACAAACUCAAGAUCAAUGGAGCAAUUUAGAAAGUAUAGGCCAACAAACGCAAAAUCAAUGGGACAAAAUUGAAAGCUUAAUACCACAGUCUCAAGGCAAAUUCGAUGAUCAACAGACACAAAAUGCUUGGAAUAAAGUAGAAGUUAUACCUCAAGAAACAAGGAUACUUGAAGAGCAAAAACAAAAUGAAUUGGAAAAUUUUGCACAUGAAAAUCUAAAUAUUGCAACACAAGAAUAUCUUAACUUCUGGAACAGCAUGAACAUUCAUGAACAAACUCAAAAUAAUUUUAAUCAAGAAAACAUACAAGCUAGCAAUGAACAACUUUUUCAUCAGCAAAACUUUGAUUCUUGGCCUCAUUCUUCUCAAAAAUUGAUUCCAAAUAGUGACAUAUCUCUUUGGCAACAAACAACAAAUGGUAAAGAAUCAACACUAUGGGAUGCAGUGGACAAAAUUAUUAAAGAAUCUGAAAAAAAAGAAAAAAACGACGAUAGUAUAGCUACUUCCAAUAACGAAAUGGAGGAUAAAAACAUUAGACCCACAGAUAUUGGUCGUGGUGAUAUAGGACCUGAAGAUAUACCUACAGUUUCAUUAGAAAACAAAGACAAAAUAAAUGAACAUUCUCAUUCAAUUCCUAAAGUUUCCACAGAUAAUAACAUUCAAAAUAAGCAGGAGAAUCCAAUAAUUUUGGAUGUUAUAGGUUUAGAAAAGCAAGAUUUUAUAACUUCCUCAGCUAGCAAACCAAAACAACAAUCUUCUAAUCAAUAUAAAACUAAAAACUAUGAAGAUGCACAAAUACCUGAAAAUAUUGAACAUGAAGAUAAUUUAAAAAAUAUAGAAACAAUACUCAAAAUGCAAAAUAAUGAUGUACAAUAUAAUAAUGACUUCUUUAAACACAACCAAGAAUUGAGUAACUUUGAGCAACAAAAUAUAAAUGAAAAAAUUGAUCAAGUAAAUAUAGAAGUAACAACUAAAUGGAGUCAUGAAUACCAUCAAAAAAGUAGAAGCCAGACAUUUGAAAAUAUAGAAAUGAAAACCAAUGUGAAAAAUGAGGUUUUACAACCUGUAGAAAUAACAACAGUUAAACCAGGUUUUUGGAAAUCAGUAUGGGAUAAAACAGCAAGUGCUAAGGAUAAAAUUGUUUCAUGGUUUAAAAAU